AUGCCAAUCAAUCCAAGCAACCCUUCCAAUUGGGAAACAUCUGAAACUUUGUUCCAGAUGCUUGCUAGAUCACCUAUUGCAAUUGACAUCCUUGAACAGGUUGGAGGCCAUAAUUCAUCAUUGGAUUCCAACAUCUUAAUCUGGCAUAGUCCCAUCAAAUAUGACCCAUUUGGAUGGCUAAGUCUUAUGCACUAUGCUGGUAGUCUAACAUAUGCUGAAGAAGAGCCUGGGAAGUGGCUAAAAAUUCCAAAUUUAGUUCAAGCUAAAUGCUUUGCAAUGGCUGUUUUGGAAUGUUACCAACUGCAAAAAACGGAAAUUGAUGCGGCUCUUAAGGAAAUCGCAAUUACUGGAGAUAUCUCAAAGCUAUUGCAGUGCUAUGAGACAUUGAUGAGUCAGCAUGAUGUUGUUUUUAACAAGAAUGAAGAGCAUCACCAUGACAGUAUUUACUACACACUUCUCAGGAAUCCACUUCUACAAGGACAUGUAGAAUUCAAAGUCAUGAGGCUCCAGAAAGCAUCAAGUCCGGAAAGCUAUUUGCAUUGCAUGAUGUGCUACAAAUUCCGUUUGGCCACUGGGAUGCUAUCAAAAUUGGAAACGAGAAACGAGAAACAAGCUGGGCAUGUUUCCGACUAUCUGGUAGUCAUUGUUGGCUCUCGCAAGGUUUUAUUUUCCCAUCUGGGCAAUAAUGGCCAUUUGGAAGAUUUUUAUUUGGUGGGUGAAAAGAAGUGA